AUGUCCGCAAAAUCGAGUUCCGAUGGAGUGUUCCUCUACCGCAACUUUGAUCUUCAAGCGCUUUGCCGUCGAGCGAGUGCACUACGACAGGGCAUUCCGUGUGCUUGCGAUCCCGAACAACAUCCUGCCUCGGGGAGUUUUAACUGGGCCGUCUUCAUUUCAUUUGAAGACGGAGUACAAUGGGUAGUCCGAGUCCCACACUUGAGAUCCUUCAUGCCAGAUGAACAGGCAGAAAAGUUACUUGCAAGCGAAGCUGCCACGCUACGAUACCUCAAAGCUCAUAGUGACAUUCCAGUUCCAGAGGUAUACGACUACUGUGCUUCCUCCGAUAACGACAUCGGUGUUCCAUUCAUCUUUAUGAGUGAAGCACCUGGACGGCCACUAUCGAAAGUUUGGAAAGCAUUCGACGCUUUUCAACCUUGCCUGGAGACCGCUAAGAAGGCCAAAAUACUUUCCCAACUCGGUGCUAUUAGCUGGAAGCUUUCACAGUUGCGUUUCGAUAAAAUCGGGUCACUCUUCGAAGAGGCUGGGUCCUUUGAACUCAAGGAAUGUCUUUCGCGUGGUCACAUGUUGCAUGGCCGAUAUCUGCUGGAAAUACCACGGGGGCCUUUCGUUUCUGAAACUGAGUUCUAUGACAGCCUUGUUUCUGCACUCUCAGAGCAUGCAGAGGGCCUACAAAUCUCGCCCAACUGCUUCGUGGCGCCUAUUCCCACGCCGGGCGAGUACCAAUCCAGUACACAAUGCAAGAAGGCCGUGAACUUAUGGAACGAUUUCGUGACCGUCGGAAACAAGAUUGACACGGCAAAUAACAGAGUGGAUUAUGUCGUCGUGGCCGAUGCUCUCCGCGAUAUCUUACGGACACUCGAACUCCCAGCUGUCAACCCUGGGACCUUUCCCUUGCACCACCCCGAUCUGAGCGUCAAUAACAUAUUUGUCGAUGAUGAUUGUAAUAUUACGUGUCUUAUCGAUUGGGGCUUUGCAUCAUCCAUCCCUGAGGCUAUGCUUUUGACCAUGCCGGGUUUACCGCAAUACGGCGACGAACUUUGCUCAGAGUUGCAAACACCGUUCAUAGAUGGUUUUAUUGCAGCUAUUCCUGAAUCUACGGACCAGAAAUUAUUCCAAAAAUAUCGCGAAUCAUUGGAGCUGGGUCAAGUUGCCUGGGCAUUGAGUCGACUUCUCAGCCUCGACUCGAUUCGUGAUUACAACCUUUUUGCCACUGUCUGGCAAUUUGCGCGUGGCUCUGGUCAAGACAUGGGGCAAUACUUCUUACAGCAGCGGUGUUUACCUCACUACAUUAACCUUUACAAUGAAGUUCAAGAAGAAGAUCCUCCCAUUUUGAAAAUUGAAGAAGAAGAAAAAGACUAUUUUCGGGACAGGGACUUCAGAAAAACAAUCGCCAUGAAGCUCACGCUAGUGUCCGAUUGGAAACGACAAUAUGCCGCAAGUCAAGAACCGAGUCUCCGAGAAAAUCUGUUUGUGGCUUCGCCAGAGUUGUGGAAAUGGGUUCAUCUGUUUGUGCAAGACUGGGAGGAGAUGCUUGACAUGUCGAUUCCGAAAAUAAGAGCCGAAAGCGAAUAA